CUGCCUCCAAAUGGAGAGAGGUCUUUUUCUCCUCUGCUAUUGAAUCGCAGAAGCUGACCCAGGGGGGGAAGACCACAGAGAUCUCAGCACAAUGAUCCCACCAUCGAGCUUUCUCACCGCACCACUCGGGAAUAGCCUCCUCGCCUUCUGAGAGAGACUCCUCACUUCUCGGCUACUUUUCUCUGCGGGACUCGGUGUGUGAGGUGGAAGCGGCGGAGACCUCCGGAUCACGAAAUGUGGGGAUGGAAGGCGCAGACUUUGACUCGCCGUCUCCGACCGGAGUAUGAAGUCCUACUUGACGGAUGUGAGCUCUCCGAGAGUGAAACUUGGGAUAUCGCUACGCUGUUUUGGGGAAAUACUAUAAAGUGGGCAACCUCGCAGUCCCCGCAACAUGGCCUCGGCUGCUAAUGCGCCCUCCGAGCAGGAAAACAGAGACCCCGACCGGCCGAGGAUAACGCGGAGGAGCAGGGGGGACUUUGCCCGCAACGCACCGCUGGAUUUGGAGUAUUUGCAGCGGCCGAGUUACUGCGAUGCGGGCUUCGCUUUGGAGCAGAUCAACGAGGGGAAGGCAACUGGGAGAAAAGCACCUCUAUGGCUGAGAGCAAAGUUCCAGAGACUUUUGUUCAGGCUUGGUUGCUACAUUCAAAAGAACUGCGGAAAGUUUUUGGUGGUGGGCCUCAUGAUUUUUGGAGCCUUCGCUCUGGGCUUACGGGCAGCUAAUUUGGAGACGGAUGUGGAGAAACUCUGGGUGGAAGUUGGAGGCCGUGUGAACCAGGAGCUGAAAUACACCCGUCAGAAGAUGGGAGAGGAGGCCAUGUUCAGCCCUCAGCUGAUGAUCCAGACACCGCGGGAGGAGGGAGCCAAUAUUCUAACUGUGGAGGCGCUGUUGCAGCAUCUGGAGUCAGCCAUCAGAGCCAGCCAAGUCCAUGUUUACCUUUAUAAUAGACAAUGGAAAUUAGAACAUGUAUGCUACAAAUCUGGAGAAUUGGUCACAGAAUACGGUUAUAUUAAUCAGAUUAUUGAAAACCUUCAUCCCUGUCUCGUCAUCACCCCUUUGGACUGUUUCUGGGAAGGAGCCAAGCUUCAUUCUGGGAUGGUCUAUCUUUCAGGUGGAGACCCUUUGCACUGGACCAACUUUGACCCCAAGAACUUUCUUGAGGACCUACGAAAGAUUAAAAUCCCCGUAGAAAGUUUUGAGGAGAUGUUAAAGAAGGCGGACGUGGGACACGGCUACAUGGAUAGACCCUGUCUGAACCCUGCUGACCCCGACUGCCCCCUAACAGCACCUAACAAGAACUCGACUAAGCCAUUAGACGUGGCGUGGACCCUGAGUGGUGGCUGCCAUGGCCUCUCCAGGAAGUACAUGCAUUGGCAGGAAGAACUCAUUGUAGGAGGGACCACCAAGAACGGCAGCGGACCGCUACUCAGUGCCCAGGCCUUGCAAACCAUGUUCCAGCUGAUGACUCCAAAGCAGAUGUUUGAGCACUUUCGGGGGUACGACGAGGUUUCCAACAUCAACUGGAAUGAAGAGAAGGCUGCAGCGAUCUUGGAAGCCUGGCAAAGGAGAUACUCUGAGGCGGUGCUGCAGAGUGUAGGGGCAAACUCGUCUCAGAAGGUCUUAUCUUUCACAAGCACCACUCUGGAAGACAUUCUCAAGUCCUUCUCCGACAUCAGUGUCAUCCGUGUGGCCAGUGGCUACUUGUUGAUGUUGGCCUAUGCGUGUCUCACCAUGCUGCGCUGGGACUGCGCCAAAUCUCAGGGGGCUGUAGGAUUGGCAGGAGUCCUGUUGGUGACGCUGUCUGUGGCAGCCGGGCUCGGACUCUGCUCACUCCUGGGGAUCUCCUUCAAUGCUGCCACCACACAGGUUUUGCCCUUCUUGGCUUUGGGUGUUGGAGUCGAUGAUGUGUUUCUUCUCGCUCACACCUUCAGUGAAACGGGGCAGAACAAGAGGAUUCCAUUUGAGGAUCGUACUGGGGAAUGCCUAAAGAGGACGGGGGCCAGCGUUGUGCUCACUUCCGUCAGUAACGUCACAGCAUUCUUCAUGGCUGCCCUCAUUCCUAUCCCCGCACUGCGGGCCUUUUCACUACAGGCGGCUGUGGUGGUGGUCUUCAACUUUGCCAUGGUGCUGCUCAUCUUCCCCGCCAUCCUCAGCAUGGACCUCUACCGUCGAGAAGACAGACGUUUUGACAUCUUCUGCUGCUUCUACAGCCCGUGUGCCAACCGCGUGAUCCAGAUUGAGCCUCAGGCAUACCUGGAUGGGGCAGACGGGAGUCGCUACAGUCCUCCACCAUCCUACCGCACACCCCCUCCAUCAUAUCAAACACCUCCCCCGGGCUACAGCAGCCCCCCUCCGUCCUACAGCAGCCACAGUUUUGCGCAACAGACUCAGAUCACCAUGCAGUCCACCGUGCAGCUCAGGACCGAGUACGACCCCAGGACUCAGGCCUUCUACACCACAGCCGAACCUCGCUCCCAGAUUUCCGUUCAGCCCAUAAACCCAGUUCCGCCCCGGAGCAACGCUAAUAAUGACUAUUAUAGCAGCAGCAGCAGAGUCAGCAGCGGCAAUCUCAACAACAACAACAAUAGCAGCGGGAGCCGAAGUAAUGGCCCAUCUCGAGAUCCCACCACUUUCUCCAAUCUGCACACCUCCCAUACUCCCCCUGCAGCGACCAGCGGCAGUGCUGUUCUUCAGAGCGACACGGCGUCAACGACAGGGCCAGAAAACAACAGUUCCACACGGGACCUGCUGUCCCAAGUCGGCGAUGGUUCGAUGGCCCUUCGGUGCCUGGAUCCUCCGUGUACGCGCUGGACCCUGGCUUCAUUUGCUGAGAAGCAUUAUGCACCGUUCCUCCUGCAGCCAACUACCAAGGUGGUUGUCGUCGUUCUAUUCCUCUGCUUGCUGGUGGUCAGUUUGUAUGGAACCACCCAAGUCAGAGACGGUUUGGAGCUUACGGACAUUGUACCUCGUGAAACCAGCGAGUACGACUUCAUCGGUGCGCAGUUCAAGUUCUUCUCCUUCUACAACAUGUAUGUGGUGACGCAGCGGGCCGAUUACGCCAAGAAUCAGCCGCUGCUGUACCAGCUGCACCAGAGGUUCCACACUGUCCGCUAUGUUCUCAAGGAGGAGAACGGGCAGUUGCCCCGCAUGUGGCUCCACUUUUUCAGGGACUGGCUCCAAGGUCUGCAGCAGGCUUUCGACAGAGACUGGGAGGCCGGCCGCAUCACGCUCAACAGUUACAGAAACGGCUCCGAUGAUGGCGUCCUGGCCUAUAAGCUUCUGGUGCAGACGGGGCGCAGGGAGAAGCCCAUCAACUUCAACCUGCUAACCCGACAUCGGUUGGUGGACGCAGACGGAAUCAUCAAUCCUGGAGCGUUUUACAUCUACUUGACUGCCUGGGUCAGCAAUGAUCCUGUGGCUUAUGCCGCGUCACAAGCUAACAUUCGUCCUCAUCCUCCCGAGUGGAUCCAUGACCGAACCGACUCGAUGCCCGAGACACGACUCAGCAUCCCGGCUGCUGAGCCCAUCGAAUACGCACAGUUCCCCUUCUACCUCAACGGGCUCCGGGAGACGCCACAGUUUGUGGAGGCCAUCGAGAGUGUGCGGGCGAUCUGCAGCAACUACAGUCGACAAGGCCUGCCCUCGUACCCAAACGGCUACCCCUUCCUCUUCUGGGAACAGUAUGUUAGUCUGCGCCACUGGCUUCUUCUGUCCAUCAGCGUGGUGCUGGCCUGCACCUUCCUCGUCUGCGCCCUCUUUCUGCUUAACCCUUGGACUGCCGGCAUUAUUGUGCUGGUGUUGUCUCUCAUGACGGUGGAGCUCUUUGGCUUCAUGGGGCUGAUGGGAAUCAAGCUGAGUGCGGUUCCUGUGGUCAUUCUCAUCGCCUCGGUGGGCAUCGGUGUGGAGUUCACUGUCCAUGUAGCCUUGGCGUUCCUAACUGCUAUCGGAGACCGCCACAAGCGAGCGGUGCUGGCACUGGAACACAUGUUUGCUCCGGUCCUGGACGGAGCCUUCUCUACUUUGUUGGGAGUCCUGAUGCUCGCAGGCUCUGAAUUCAACUUCAUCGUCAGGUAUUUCUUUGCAGUGCUGGCCAUCCUCACACUUCUUGGAGUUCUGAAUGGACUGGUGCUUCUCCCAGUGUUACUAUCUUACUUCGGGCCUUAUCCUGAGGUCUCCCCAGCUGACGGUCGCAGCCGCUUACCAACCCCAGAGACGCCGCCGCACGUGGUCCACUUCUCAGUUCGGCCGCACCACACUACAGCAAAUGCAACCACCUCUGGCGCCGCCUCGGACUCUUCGGACUCGGAGUACAGUUCCAACACCACAGCGUCCGGCGCCAGCCACGAGCUACAGAACUACAGUCUUCCUUCACACAGAGGUCGAGUGGAUGAUCAACAGUUUCACAUCCAGACCAGCAGGGGCAGAACAGCCAGGACAGAAGAGGAUAGAAGAGCAGGAUCAGGACAGCGGCGGUCAGCCAGGCAGACUGAUCCUCCAGCAUAUACUGUGCCUUUGUCUGUCUCCUCUCAGGGUUCUAAUUCCGGGUCUCAGCCUGGAUCUACUCAGCGCAACAGCAGCAGGGACCCGAAGAGCCAGCUGCGCAGACAAGCCCCGCCCCCAGCCCGCCCGCGCACAGACGCUUUUGAAACUGCUACUGAGGCUGGGGGCCGCUACGGCACACACAGCCACAGAGAACACACAGCGGGUCAAAGAACCCGCGCCUCUCACAACUCACAGCCUCAUCAUCACCACCCUAACUCGGCCCCUUUCUGCCAGCCCAUCACCACGGUGACGGCGUCUGCCUCGGUCACUGUUGCCGUCCACUCCGCCCCCUUGACUGGCCAGAACCCCCAUGGCUCAAACUUCCCUGGAUACACUGCAACAGACAGUUAUUGCCCACCUGAGCAGGAGGAGCCGGAGUCUACCUUCCAGGACCCUCACGUGCCAGCGGACUUCCACUCAAGCAGCAGGGGCAGCACAGUGGAGUCCAUGGAGCUCCAGGAUCUGGAGUUUGAGGCAGCUGAAGGCGACGGUGGCAGAUGGGCGAGCUGAGUUGGGUAAAAUGGAAGUGUUAUGGCCAAAGAUGGACUCCUCUGUAUUACGAAGCAGCUGACCCGAAACCACCUGGCCCGGCCCGACUCAGCUCAGCCUUCGCUCCGCUCCCCUCCCCCCCACCUCCAGUGUUUCUGUCAUGGUGCUCAUUCUUACUGUAACCCAGUGGUCUAUUGUGUUAGAUGUCUCUAUCUAUAUUUAAAAGGUGUACACAUGUAAAUAUGAACAAAAAAGUAGCUAUAAUUUUAGGAGCUGUGCAACUCCUCAUGUUAACAGACUCAGCGUUGCCAUUCAUCAUGGCUUGUACGUGUGUGUGUGUGUGAGUGUGUGUGUGAGAUAGAUCUAUGAUUACUGUUCACUCAUCUGUGGAUCUGUGCCAUUAGAAAGCUUCAUUUUGACAAUACCUGUCAGCAUUCACUGUUGCUGCUCAAAAUGUGUUCAAUACAAUAGAUUCAUUCCUCUAUGCAAGUGUUUCCUAGACAAAAGAAAAGCUCUAUCUGUGUGCGUGUGCAUGGUUAGGGUGUGUGUAUGGUUGGUUUUGUGAUGUAAACCAGCCCAACUUUAUCCAUUAAAAACAUCCAGACUGACAUUUUCUCUCGCUUAACUCAUGAGAGGAAGAUGUUUAAAACUUAUGAGGGCUGUGUGUGUGCGCGUGUGUGUGAUGUUGUACAAAGGUACGCAUGUUAAACUAUUACGUUUAUCACAAACCUGUGGUAGUUAUGUAACAAUUACUGUUAACUCGACACGCUAUGCGUGCUAUUUAAGACGAGCAGAUAUGAAGAAAUUUUAAAAAGCUGUUGUUGCUUUUGUUUGUGUUGUUUAUAUUUUAGUGCGUCCGAGCCCGUUUCUACUCUCAUUUUUGUCACUGUCUGCGUGGCUGCUCGCUGGUUGUUACGCUGUGAAAGGUUAUGUAUUGUUAACCUUAGCAGGCUCAGUACCAGUUCUGUCAUUGAAAAAAAAAAAAACCCACCUCAACAACUCACUGCAAGGACAGUGACGGUCGCAUUGAUGAUUCUGAAGCAGGGUCAAACACGGCUCAAAGGCACCCGCUCACCCUAAGUGGCGGUGCCUGGUGGAUAAGCUAAAACUCAGAUCAUAUACUGUACAUCACGACUCAACGUGGCACUUGAUGUUUUAACGCCUCCAACCACAGGAAUCGCUCUCCUCAAUUUGCUCUUUAUGUGUCCUCCGAUAAGCUAGCAGCCUGCUAACGGCUAACCCGACAUUGCCUUACAGUUUCCAUGUGGAUAAGUGUGUAUUCUCUUUGUGUGUGUGUGUGUGUGUGUGUGAGACAACUUCAGUCAGGACAACUGGCCCCUACUUGGCCUCAGCUGUCCCUGCUAACCUCAGCUCGUAAAAAUCCUCAACGUAACGCCGUGACACAAAGUAGACAGACCGCUCUCUCCACGACCACAUGGCCACAGCCUCAGGGGUCAAACCCUCCUAACCCCUAUUUCCUCCCAUGUUUAGAUCUGCCCAUGUGCAAACCUUGCAAUGCUAGAAAAAAAACGGUCUAUUUCAACAGCCUUCUCUUUCACGCUCGCAUCGACCACACAUAGCUCUUACUGUCUCCCUUCCUUUGCUUUGUCAGCUGCUUGCAUGGAAUAGGGUUGUGUGUAUGUUUGUGUUUAUCUCCCUGUGUCAUAUUGGCCGUAAACGGAGAGAAUCAUAGCUGGCAACUAUUUUAUUCCUUUUUAAAUGUUUGUUUUCAACAUUGGAUAUUUAUAUUUUUGUAAUAUAAAAGUGUGUGUCGUGUCAUUAUUGUUGAGAUGCCAGUUGAUAACAAAUGCAGGGAUUUUUAUGUCUAUUGAGAAAAACACUAUUACAGUUUAAUGUUUUUGAUCUGUAUAAAGUGCUUACUAAUGUUAAAUAGGAAAAAAAGAGUAUAUAACAUUUUCUCACUACAGGUCUCAUCAUAGCUCUUAGAGGAUUUUAAAAGGAAAAAAAAUCAAAUCAGUGGUUCUUGCAGACUUGGUUGGCAUGGAUGUAUGCUGUCUUUCAGUUACAAAGAUAAAUGUAUGCCAUAUAAUUUAUUUAUAUGAAAAUUUAUUUUUGUAGUGUACAUAGUAGUUGUCAAGGUAUUUGACAGAAGUAUAUUUUUAAAGAGUUUAUAUGUAAUGGUAUACCAUAACAGAACGAAAGGUGCACAAUUUCAUUGCUAAUUCUCUCGUGAGAUAACACCGACACCUCCCCUUCAGUAUUAUGUUCCGAUCCGUGGAGAGUCAGACUACUGUUCUCUGGGUUUGUCAAAGGCUAGCCAUGAAAGUAGAGAAUUGUACUAGCUCUCAAAAUAUUAAUGUUCAAACACUGAUAGAAUUCUAACAAAUAAAAAUAUUAUAACUUA